UAAAGUUUAAUGAAAGAAGCAAUCCUUUUUAAAACAUAAAUAUCUUAUGCAAAUAUGACUAUAUCAAUAAUAGUUGCAUUAACUGCUAUUAUUAAUGCUUUUCUCCAUAUAACCAACGCCAGUGCACAGAAUGAGUACGCGUCAAGAAAUCGACAAAAUCAGGCAGAAUCUGAUUCUGUUUAUAUGAAUAAUUAUAACAGAAAUCACCAGAUCCAAUUAAGUAAUUUCGCUAAUGGAAAUUAUAAACACAACGUGAUAAAUGUGGACCAAACUAGUAAUGGUUUUUCCGUGUCAAGCUAUGAAGCUGAUCACAACAUUAGACAGACUUCGACUAACUACAAUGUUCAUUUAAAUAACCCAGCCAGAACAACAGUAAGCUCUAAUGUAAAUAAUGGGAUGAAUACAAAAAAUACUUUUUCUUUAAAUGAUAACAGACAAGAUUUACAUAGAACUCAAUCGAUGUUUAACCAGAAUGAACCGCAAUCUAGAGGAUCUAUUGACAGACAACAAAUUCUGAGGGAAAUACUCGAAAAAGCUAAAAUCGGUACAGGCAAUAAUAAUAACAACCAGAUUUAUGUCAACGGGGAAAGAAUUAAUCUCUACCCGAAUCGAGCAGAUAAUCAUGCAACGGAUGAAGCAGUUGUAAGUGGUAGAUCUUCAGUUGGUCCUACACAAUUCGUUAUAGUCAUGGCAGUGGUGCUUAAAAUAAAGAUUUUGUAAGAAUAUACAAUGUUCGAAAUACAAUAAUUACGUUCAUAUAAAAAAGCGAAAUGUAUGUUAAAGCCGUAACAAUGCAGGUGUUAAUUAUUAUGAAAUAAUUUUUUUUUUAUAAGUUUUCAAGAUAUUUUUUUUUUCGUUACUGCAUUUAGUUGUCGUUGGAUAAAAUUUAUUCUGCUGUUUGUAAAAUUUGAGAACUUUUCUCGAGUCUUAAAGAAGUUCAGGCGGUCUGAUACAAAGCAUUAAAAAUAUAUUUGGUAUAGUGUAUCAAUGAUACUAUAAAAAGAACUUCGAGAUCGAAAUUUUUAAACUUGGAUUUUAUAAGAUUUUAAUUUACUCAAUAACUAAAAUCAAAAUGUUCUUUCAACUAGGACUCUAUAUUCGAAAAAUUCAUAAAACGGCUGUAAUAUUUUUACAACCCAUACUACGGCGGAAAGAAAUAAAUUUAAAAUUUUAAAACACAAGGACUUAACAACUGUUACGACUUUUAAAAAUAUAUUUCAUAUAGCAUUAUGCUCUAAUUAAAUAAUGAAAUAAAACAAUAUUUUUAAGAAUAUUGAAGUAAAAUACUUACUGGCAUCACCGAGGCAUUUUUUGUGAUUUAUGUUGUAAAAUAAUUAAUUAGUGAUUAUAGAUAACUGUUAUGCCCACGAUGAAGUUCAAAAUGAACCGUAUGAUAUUAUUUCUAAUCUUUAUGAUUAUACACAAUUAUCUGAUAACUGUGACCAUUUGUUUAAAAUACAAAUAUCAUACUAAUGUAUAGCGGUAUAGUCAAAAUAUUUGAAUAAAAUUUUUUAUGUA